AUGGGAAGCGGCCGCAGCUGCUGCAAAGCGGAGCCGCCUGCAGAGGCCCAGGAGGUCUGCGCUGGCUUCCCUGUCCAUCCACCAGAUUGUCCCAAAGACGGCUCUUCCGCUGAAGCGCCGGAUUUACCUAGAGACCUGAGCUCUGCGACCGAACAGGGUGGUGUCAGCUCUCUAGACCAUGGCACAUCAAGGGCCACGCUGUCCACGAUUGCAAGGUAUCGCCUGAACCACUUUCAGAUCGAGGAAGAGUUGUUGCGAGGGAUUCCGCUGCAUAUGUCAUUGCGAGGUCUGGGAAAGUUGUGGCUCACUUCUCCGGUAGAUCUCUCAGAGAGGGCGCGGGCACUCCUCUGGCACAGGUCCCGGCAAGUGAAGCAGCUCGACAUCUUCUACUCCCACACCUGGCAUACACCUGGCUGGCGCAAGGUCCUUGCACUGUGGGUGCAGCACGGGGCAUGGAAGUUCUUACUCGGUUGGCUUCUGGGUGUGAUACUGGGAGUUGCACUGGAUGCAACGAUGGAGAUUCCCACGCUCGUCUUGCCCGGUCCGUCCAUUUGGAUUGGCGGCUUCCUGGGGUCGAUGUUGGGAUUGCUGACCUCGCCGUAUACAGCAGCAUGGGCAGCAUGUAGGCGCAAAGCGGAAGAAAUGUGCUUUUUGGAUGUCGUGUGCAUCAAUCAGACAGACCCCGACACAAUGCAGCGUGGAAUUUACGGGCUGGGUGGUUUCUUGGCUGCAUCCUCUGAGAUGCACAUUUUGUGGAGCGGGCCUUAUUUUUCGAGGCUGUGGUGUGUGUUUGAGCUCGCCGCGUUUUUCAAAGCCAACCCAUGCGGAAAGAUUCUUCUCAAGCCAUUGUUUGUUGAGAAUGGUCUGCUCUUCGUUGUUUUUGCCAUCUACAUCUUGAGAGUCAUUGAUGAGUGGUUCGUGAACAACUUUCAAGAGCGGACUGUGGUUGCAAUACUGGUGCAGGUGCUUGGCCUGAUCCCAAGCUACAUGUUGGUACACUUUCUACGUAGACUGCUGAAUGAAAAACAUCAUCUCCUAUACAGUCUGCGCAGCUUCGACCUCGCCAAUGUCACUUGCCGCUGUGCGGCAGACAAGGAAUGCAUCGAACAUGUCAUUCGUACAUGGUACGGAAGCCCGGCGUCCUUCAUGCAACACGUGAGGGGCCCAUUAGCUGACGAGCUCACGAAACCCUUUUCGAGAAACAACCUUCCAGGCAGCUUUUGGCUGAUGAUUGCCACACCUUUUGUAUCCUUCAAUAUGGCUGGCUUCUGGGUCGAAAGACGGAUGCCCACGUCCAGCACGGAUGACGUGGCGAAGAUGUUCCUGACCGUAUGUAUUGCCAACAGCGUCUUAUGUGUUCACUAUAUCCAGCUGACGUACUUCAUUUGCGAUCGAUUUGCUGCUCCUGCCGGCAGGUGUCUUGAUUACGGCAAGACCCUCUUGAUUUGGGUUUGCUUGAGUUUCGUCUUCCUGGGCAUGUUCGGGCUUUCAUCCUUCGUGCGCAGACAGGUGCUGGCAGCUUCUGUGAUGUAUGCUGUUGCCACAGUGGCCAUGUCCUUCGUCAUCACACACAACAGUUGGAGGAGGCGGUUUCGAGCAAGCCCCCCCGAGGAAGCAAUUGAGAUAUAG